CAAAGCCAAAGACGGCGCGUUGUCCACAGCCUCGUCAACAAACAGAUUGAAAAGUGCUGCUAUUUGUUGUGGAACACGUAAAACUGAUAUAUAAAACUCAGAAAAAAUGUCAAGUCCCGCUCGUUCGCCCAGUGUCGGAUCUGGCACACCAAAACAAGGAGCGCGUACUCCCACCCGAGGCAUUGCCGCACAGGAUGUGGAUACGCCCAUGCGUAUGGGCCCUGGCCGUGUGCCUGGUCGGCCCUCGGAUAACAUUAGUCUGCCGCCCACGUCGCCGGCUAAUGUUAGCUUGCCCGCCACGAGUCCAGCGCGUGGUUUGGGCGGCAUGAGUGAGAUUGAUUUGAGUUCGCCCCUUAACUACGGCACUCCCAGCUCCAUGGGCUCGAUACGUACACCGCGUUCCGGCAUUCGUGGAACACCAUUACGUGCGCGCCCAGAUAUACGCACGGAUAAGCGCAUGCGUCAAGUGGCCAUUGGCGGCACCUCGGGGCUGGAACCCAUAGCCGAGAAGGGAUCAGAAGCGACAGAUCCGGUAUCCGAGUCCUCGGCAGCGCCACAACUGGUCGUCUGGGGCACCAAUGUGGUUGUUAGCCAAUGCAAGUCCACGUUUAAAUCGUUUAUUAUGCGCUUCAUCGAUCCAAGUGCCGAGCAGGAUGAAAUUUCCGAAAACAUUGAUGUCAAUCAGCCGUUGUAUCUUCAAAAGUUGGAGGAGAUUCACACACUGGAGGAGCCCUAUCUAAAUCUCAAUUGCGCACAUUUAAAAACUUUCGAUCAGGAUUUAUAUCGACAAUUGAUCUGCUAUCCACAGGAAGUAAUACCCGGCUUUGACAUGGCCAUUAACGAGAUGUUCUUUGAGCGUUAUCCGGCCGCCCUGUUGGAGCAUCAGAUUCAGGUACGUCCCUUCAAUGCGGAUAAGACGCGCAACAUGCGCUCUCUGAACCCAGAGGAUAUGGAUCAGUUGAUCAGUAUUAGCGGCAUGGUUAUUCGCUCCUCGAACGUCAUACCGGAAAUGCGUGAGGCGUUCUUCAUGUGCAACAUUUGCUCCUUCUGCACCACCGUCGAGGUGGAUCGUGGGCGCAUUGCGCAACCAACACUGUGCACAAACUGCAACACCAAUCACUGCUUCCGGAUCAUACACAAUCGCAGCGAGUUUACGGACAAACAGCUCAUAAAGCUGCAGGAAUCACCCGAUGACAUGGCUGCCGGACAGACACCACACAAUGUCUUGUUAUAUGCACACAACGAUCUGGUGGAUAAAGUGCAGCCUGGCGAUCGCAUUACUGUCACUGGCAUCUAUCGAGCCACGCCCCUGAGGGGUAAGGGACCGAAUGUGAAGAGCGUGUACAAGACGCACGUCGAUGUGGUGCAUUUCCGUAAGGUAGACAACAAGCGUCUGUACGAGGAGGAGGAGGGCAAGGACCACAUCUUUCCACCGGAACGCAUUGAGCUGCUACAAUUGCUGUCGAGGAAGCCCGAUAUAUACGAUCGUUUGGCACGCGCCAUUGCGCCUUCGAUUUACGAAAACGAUGACAUCAAGAAGGGCAUUUUGCUGCAGCUCUUUGGCGGCACGAAGAAGAAGCACUCGACACUUGGCCGCCAAAACUUUAGAUCAGAGAUACAUCUGCUGCUUUGCGGCGAUCCCGGCACAUCCAAAUCACAAAUGCUGCAGUACGUCUAUAAUCUGGUGCCACGUUCGCAAUAUACCUCCGGCCGUGGCUCUUCCGCUGUAGGCUUGACUGCUUAUGUGACCAAAGAUCCGGAGACACGCCAAUUGGUCUUGCAAACGGGCGCUCUCGUUCUGGCCGAUAACGGCGUCUGUUGCAUAGAUGAAUUUGAUAAGAUGAACGAUUCCACGCGCAGUGUGCUGCACGAGGUGAUGGAGCAGCAGACUCUGAGCAUUGCCAAAGCUGGUAUCAUUUGUCAACUGAAUGCACGCACUUCUAUAUUGGCCGCCGCCAAUCCCGCCGAGUCACAGUGGAACAAACGCAAAAAUAUUAUCGACAAUGUGCAGUUGCCACAUACGCUGCUGUCGCGAUUUGAUUUGAUUUUCCUGGUAUUGGACCCACAAGAUGAGCUCUUCGACAAGCGCUUGGCCAGCCAUUUGGUAUCCCUUUACUAUGUAACCCGUCACGAGGAGGAGGACACUAUGUUUGAUAUGAGCGUGCUGCGUGACUACAUUGCCUAUGCCCGAGAGCACCUCUCGCCUACACUGUCGGAUGAGGCACAACAGCGUCUGAUUCAGGCGUACGUGGACAUGCGCAAGGUGGGCGCUGGUCGCGGUCAAAUUUCGGCUUAUCCACGGCAACUGGAAAGCUUGAUACGCCUGUCGGAGGCGCACGCCAAGGUGCGGCUAAGCAAUGCUGUUGAAUUGCAAGAUGUUGAGGAGGCCUGGCGACUGCAUCGCGAGGCACUGAAACAAUCGGCAACAGAUCCGUUGUCGGGUAAAAUCGAUGUUGGCAUCCUCACCACUGGCUUGUCCACAGCAGCUCGCAAGAAGCGCGCUGAUCUGGUGGCUGCCAUCAAAGAGAAUCUUAAAAAGAAGGGUAAAGUACCGACAGUGCCGUACCAGAAGCUAUUUAAGGAGAUUAAGGAAGGCUCCCAGAUUAUGAUUACGCGCGAACAGUUUGAAGAUGCCCUUAAAGAGGUGCAAGAUGAGGGCGCGAUAGUGGUUAUGGGCAAGAACACUAUACGAAUUUGUUAAUUUCAUUGCUGCAUAAAAACAUUCAUUCAGUCAUUCCUAGUCUUAAGAAAACAGUUUUUAAAUAAAGUUCACGAUUUUGUAA